CCACUGUGAGCUGUGCGCGACUCAUCUCAUCCAAGACCACGUUUUAUCUUUCAUUAAUCAGUUGCUCAGAAAGAAGGAAAUGGCAUCUGGUUCAUUCUUCUUCUGCAUCUUCAUUAUUGGAAAAUAUUUCACUCUCGGAAGUGCACAGGAUGUCAGUUGUCCCCUUGGCUCCUUCCCCUGUGGGAACAUCAGCAGGUGCCUGCCUCAGCUGCUUCACUGCAAUGGUGUGGACGACUGCGGGAACCGAGCUGAUGAGGACCACUGCGGAGACAACAAUGGGUGGUCUCUGCAACUGGACAAAUAUUUUGCUAAUUACUAUAAACUGGCUUCCACUAACUCCUUUGAGGCAGAAACUUCCGAAUGCUUGGUUGGCUCUGUGCCCAUGCAUUGUUUGUGCCGAGAUCUAGAACUUGACUGUGAUGAAGCCAAUUUACGAGCUGUCCCAUCAGUUUCUUCCAAUGUGACUGUAAUGUCCCUGCAGAGGAACUUCAUAAGAACACUCCCUCCCAACGGCUUCAGGAAGUACCGUGAGCUGCAGAAGCUGUGCCUGCAAAACAAUAGGAUUCACUCCGUGAGCGUCUCUGCCUUCAGAGGACUGCGCAGCCUCACUAAACUGUACCUCAGUCAUAACAGAAUAACCUUCCUAAAGCCAGGAGUUUUUGAAGAUCUCCACAGACUGGAAUGGCUGAUAAUUGAAGACAAUCACCUCAGUCGAAUUUCCCCACUCACAUUUUACGGGCUAAAUUCUCUUAUUCUCUUAGUGCUGAUGAAUAAUGCCCUUACCCGUUUGCCUGACAAACCCCUCUGUCAGCACAUGCCCCGCCUGCACUGGCUGGACUUUGAAGGCAACCGUAUCCAUAAUUUAAGAAAUUUGACUUUUAUUUCCUGCAAUAAUUUAACUGUAUUGGUAAUGAGGAAGAACAAAAUCAAUUACUUAAAUGAACAUGCAUUUACACACCUCCAGAAACUAGAUGAAUUGGAUUUAGGCAGUAAUAAGAUUGAAAAUCUUCCACCGAACAUAUUUAAGGAUCUGAAGGAGCUGUCACAAUUGAAUAUUUCUUAUAACCCAAUCCAGAAAAUUGAAGUAAAUCAAUUCGAUUAUCUUGCCAAACUCAAGUCUCUCAGCCUUGAAGGAAUAGAAAUUUCAAAUAUCCAACAAAGGAUGUUUAGACCGCUCAUAAAUCUCUCUCACAUCUAUUUUAAGAAAUUUCAGUACUGUGGAUAUGCACCACAUGUGCGCAGCUGUAAGCCCAACACGGAUGGGAUUUCAUCUCUAGAGAACCUCUUGGCAAGCAUCAUCCAGAGAGUCUUUGUCUGGGUUGUAUCUGCCAUUACCUGCUUUGGAAACAUUUUUGUUAUUUGUAUGCGACCAUACAUCAGAUCUGAGAACAAGCUGCAUGCCAUGUCCAUCAUUUCUCUCUGCUGUGCUGACUGCCUAAUGGGGGUGUAUCUAUUUGUGAUUGGUGCCUUUGACCUCAAGUUUCGGGGAGAGUACAAUAAGCACGCACAGCCGUGGAUGGAGAGUGUUCAUUGUCAGUUCAUGGGGUCGUUGGCCAUUCUGUCCACAGAAGUAUCCGUUUUACUUUUAACAUUUCUGACGUUGGAAAAGUACAUCUGCAUUGUGUAUCCUUUUCGGUGUUUAAGGCCUCGAAAAUGCAGAACAAUCACGGUUCUGAUUUUCAUUUGGAUUAUUGGGUUUAUAGUGGCUUUUGCUCCACUUGGCAAUAAGGAAUUUUUCAAAAACUACUAUGGCACCAAUGGAGUAUGCUUUCCUCUUCAUUCAGAAGACACGGGAAGUACUGGAGCCCAGAUUUAUUCAGUGGUAAUUUUUCUUGGUAUUAACCUGGUGGCAUUUAUCAUCAUUGUGUUCUCCUAUGGAAGCAUGUUUUACAGUGUUCAUCAAAGCACCGUAACAGUAACCGAAAUACAGAAGCAAGUGAAGAAGGAGAUGGUUCUCGCCAAACGCUUUUUCUUUAUCGUUUUUACCGAUGCGCUGUGCUGGAUUCCCAUCUUUAUACUGAAAUUUCUUUCGCUGCUUCAGGUGGAAAUACCAGAUUCUAUUACCUCUUGGGUGGUGAUUUUUAUUCUGCCUAUCAACAGUGCUUUGAACCCAAUUAUCUACACGUUGACCACUAGACCUUUCAAGGAAAUGAUCCAUCAACUCUGGCACAACUACAGACAAAGAAGGUCUGUUGACAGGAAAGGGUCUCAGAAAGCAUAUGCUCCGUCAUUCAUCUGGGUGGAAAUGUGGCCUUCGCAGGAGAUGUCCACGGGGUUCAUGAAGCCAGGCGCUUUCACAGACCCCUGUGAUCUGUCACUAGUUUCUCAAUCAUCUAGACUCAAUUCUUAUUCGUAACUGGAUCUUAUUCUCAAGAAUACUGUGAAGUGCUUCUAGAGGGAUUUGCCAAUAUGAAGGGAUAUGCGGAUAUCUAAGACAAGUUAGCUUAGAGUGGCCCAAGGUAGGGACAGGUAGCUGGUGUUCAUACAGAGAGAAGUAAUUAUGCUGACAAUGUGUGUGUGUAUUAUUACAUAUUUGCAUAGCGGAUGAAGGAAAUCUAUUUCAAGCAUGCAUUUAUGCACACUGCAUGGAGGUAAAGUGCUGAGCACACAACAUAGAGCCUUUUUAAUCUAUAUAGUGUUCAACUAUUAACAGCACAAACUACCCACAGCUCCUAGACUUCUGUUGUGCAGAUCAGCAAACAUAAGACCCACAGAUACUUUUAAACUAAGUUCUAAAGUGUUAUGAUACUCAAAGAUAACAGCAUCAGAUAAAAUGUUUGGGGUCAGCGAGAUGAUCAGUGGAGAAAGGUGAUUACUAUAUAAGAAUGGUGACCUGAGCUCAAUAUCUGGAACCCAUGGAAGGGUAGAAGGAGAAAAUAGACUCUGGAAAACUGUCCUCUGACCUCCACUUGUGCACCAUGGCAUGUGUGUGCACACAUACACAUCUCACACACACACACACAAUUUUAAAUGUGAUUGUUUGCAAAAUAGAAACAUUGCUGCUUAAUGAAUCCUUUGCAUUCUUCAUUGAGUCACCACACUUGAGAGUCAACACAUUUAUUAAAAGGAGACUUUGUUGCUAGAUGUCAUGGACAGACCUGUAGUCCUAACAUGGGAGAGGAAAAAGCAGAAGGGUCACAAGUUUGAGGCCAGCCUCAGCCACAUCGAAAAAUCCUGGCUCUCACAUGUAAAAGCAGAUCUUACGAUAGCGUUCAAUUGCUAAAGUACUUGUGCGCACACAACCAACUGAGUCUGAAUUCCUAGUACGACCAUUAAAAAGCCAGCUAUGGUAGAACAUACUUUUAAUACCCGUGCUGAGGAAGUAGAGACUGGAGGACCCUGAAGGCUUGUUGCCCAGCUACUGAGGAAGACACCUACUGCCAGCCUCUGACUACCACACACAUGUAUUACUCAUGCCCAGACACACACACACACACACACACACACACACACACACACACACACAGAAGGGAGGCAAGCUUUGUUAUAAACCCAGAACCAGCAUUUGUUCUGUCACUCCAUAUUGAGUUCUCCAGUGGCUUCGCUCUAAGUUGGUGCCAUCAUGAGGAAACAGAACAGGACAGUAGGUAGAAUAUUGCAAAGGGGUAAGCCAGAGAAGCAGGACUGAUGGCAUUUAGAUCAAUGAAAUCCAAUUCAGAAAUAAGCCUUCAUGUUUCAAUUGAUUGUUUAAAGGGUUACAAGACACAUGUAACCUAACAAAAUUAAAUCAAGAAGAUAUAAACAACUUAUAUCCACAACCUGCAAACAAAACUUUAAGAAAAGCUAACACUAGUGCUACUCACACUGUUCCUCAGAUGAAAAUCCAAGGAACACUAGCAAACAUACUCUACGAACCCAGCACAGCCCUGAUCAAAACCUUAGGGGAAAAAAAAAAAAAAACAAUAAAAGAACAAAACUAUAGAUCAAUUCCUUGAUCAUAAAUGUAAUGAUUCUCAAUAAACAUCAAUGAAUCAAAGUCAGGAACAGAUGACAGAUUGGGACGAUUGCACACCAGGACUAAGUUUGUUUUAUCCAGGUAGGUAACUUUGUUAAUCCAUUUCACAAAUAAACAAAUCUAAUAUAACACAUAGGGUAGAUAUCAUGUGAUUAUUUCAACACACACAUAACACCUUUGAAAAAAUUUGACAACCUUCAUAAUAAAAGCCCCAUGGAAACUAAGAAUAGAAGGAGCCAAAGCUAGCCUAAUAAAGGCCAUAUAAAACAAAGCUGCAAGUAACUGAACUAAAUGGGAAAUGGCAUCACCUCUAACACAGGGAAUGAGAUAAGAGAGUCUGAUGGAGACCUGGGCAGCAUCAUGGCCAGCAGGUAAACCAUCCACAUAAGGUGAAGAAUGAGACUCAAAUCAGCACCAAUUUUGCAGGUGCUGGCCCUAAACUUCCAGAACCUGACCUUGGAGUUUAUUUUUCUUACACAUUUAAGCACCGUAAAUUUUAGGGAAAGGUUUCCAUGUAACAGUUAUCACAAUGAAACUCCCUAUAGAAGUAGCAAAGCAUUUAUGAUCUUUACAAUAUGAAUUUGAUUGGCUGAUAAACAGUGCUCAGGGCCUAAGGAGGAAGGAUUUGUAAUAAUGAUCGAUUAUUGAUGGAGGACACAAAGGACUUUGAGCCUCUUUUGUAAGUUGGGUUCUACUCACUGAGAGACAAGGCUCAGGAUUAGGGCCUCCACAAUGCUCAGGGUUUGGCAGGGGUGGGAGGAUUCAGGAAGGCUGGCUCCACAGCCCAGCAAAACGAUCACCGGGUUGUCGAACAACACCCAUCCCAGCUUCCUAGGCGACCAGUGUCAGUUAUUUUCUUCCUUUGAAGAAAACAGGCUCGCAUGUUUAAUACAUCUGGUUCCUCAAACACUUUGUCCUGUGCCUAUGUUCCUGUUUCUAUGCCGUGCCUCCUACAAGUGCCCACUUACAUAAUUCUUAUUCAGUAUAUCUUUCAAAGUGUUAGCUUGAAAAAAACAAAAACAAAAAGAAAUUUAAAAAAUCGCCAUAAAUAUGAUGGAGAAGUUAAUAUAUCCCUAUUGUAGACAACUCAAAGCUGCAUUUAAAAGACCCUAAAGAUUCCAUUAGAAAGUUCACGGACCUCAACAUUUUCCCUAUAGUGUUACUCAAAAUAUAAUCCAUACACCAUGUGACCUAGCUAGUCAACUCAUGGGCAUACACCCAAAGUACUCAGUGUUAACAUAACCCAGAGAUACUGGUAUAUCCAUACUUAUUGUAACGUUCACCAAAAGACAGGAAAAAGGGAACAGCCUAGACAUUCAUUGAAAGAAAAGGAGACUUUACAUAUUUACAAAAUAUUCAGUAGCUUCCCUAUAUCUCUGUAAGAAACCUCAUUUGAAGUAAGUUCAUCAUGUGUACAUAGAAACACUACUGAUUUUUGUGUUUAUUUUGCAUCCUAUUUUUUAACAUUGAAAUCUCCAGUUACAUGAAUCUUCCUGAAAAUGUCUUCUUUUUUUCCUGCUCGGUGGCUGAAUAAAAGUUUCAUUAUGUA